CGCGGUUACUUGCUCACUAGUGUGGUAGCGGUGGUGGCGGCCGCACGACGCUCCUCCAGUAGAUUUACCAUCUCGAGGGUCUGUUGCACCUGCUGCUAGUGGUGCUGUAGUGGCUGUAUCAUCAUCUGUGCCGCGGCCUCACUCGGCUGUGGCUACAACUGCGUCGAAACCUCGAACAAGGUUUACACGAAAACAUUCCCACAGUUAACAUGUGUAAACACGGCUCAGUGGACCCUUCAGUAGUUAUGUGGUGAUGACUCAGGAAGCGGUGGUGACGUACGCCGUGAGUUGGCGAGGCGGUAACUGAGGUGUGGUAAGGUGGUAGUGGUGAUGGAAAACAGCUGUGUGGUGAGGCGUACUUCCCGCUGGGUGGUGGUGGUGAGGCUCUUCUAUGGGGACGACUUGGAUGCCGCCCUCGACUACACCCUCCGCCACACUGGUGGUCUAGCAGUCAAGGACACCGCAGACCAGGGAGGACCCCGCCCCUCCUGACGUGUGGGUGCUCUAGCGUUCACCUGUUGCUGUGUGCCUCACCUUGCGGCACGCCCACCUCGUGACCCUUGACCUGUGUGGGUGACGUCAUACUUGAGGGGAGAGUGUUGAGGGAAGGAGCAGGAUGCCCUACCCACAGUGCUGCCAGGAUGCUGCCUCCCGCUGACACCCGCAGCGACUGGUGCCACUACCUCGCCCCCCGGGAGGCUCUCACUUCCUCCCUCACUUGUCACCUAUCAUGUCUACUACUGUGUUGAGGCACGAGCGACUCCCAGCAACUUAAGUCAAGAUCUUCUCAGUGUGACCUGAUCCUCUGUGACCUUCAGCAGUGUUGACGACCCACAACUCUAAGUCGUCCUCUACCUUUGUGAGCGGCACGAGCGGAAGUGACUCAGCCGCUCCCCGACACCUGCUAGCAACAGCUGGUACACACCUGGUGCUGCCGCAGCCUCCAUCACCCACACCCCGCCGUGCUACCUCUACACCCACCUCCCACACCCGCCGCCACACGACUCUCCUCUAUAUAAGUGUCAUUAUAACAUUUCUUGUGAACAACACUGUAUGUGACAGUCGCCUGUGCUUGUGCUAAGCUAAGUGUUAUAGCAGCAAUAAUGUGUUGACGUGAUUAAUUCCUGAGUGUGCUGUGUUGUGCUACUGAUGCUGGUGGUGCUCGUCCAGUAGACUCACACUACCUGUGUUAUACUGUAAUUGGGAUGAAGGUGUGAGUUGGUAUUUCACUAGGAUACAAGGAGGUGCAAUAUACGGCUACUUAUCUGUCACUCCCACCUUAUGACUCCCUUACCUGUGACGGAUUAAGUCAAGAAAACUUAUCCCAGGGGAAAGAAGGUGAGAUAUUGGUUACUGUGAGACGUGAGGGAGACUGGCGUGAUCCAGGCGAGUACUGGAGGGAGAGCUAGGAGGUGGUGGUGGCGGGCGGGGGGCGGUGAGGGUGGUGGUAAGACCGCCCAUGCUCACCCCUGGCCCGGCGUCUCUCUAUGUUGAGGAGCGUGGGCGUGUGUUGGCAGGGGGUGGGCCGAGGCAUCUACAAAAGCGAGGGUGGUGUGGGCGGUGUGGGCGUGAGGUCGCCCUCCGUCGCCGCCAUGCUCUACUACUCCGUCGACCCUCAGUUUAGCGCCCUUAUCUUCUCCGUGUGUGGCCGCCAUGAGCGCUUCACCCUCUUCCCCGAUGCCUUUGCCUGUUACGCCCACGGACACCCGGGGGCCACCGACGUCCUGGCCUAUGUCCACACCAUGGGCGUCCAGCUGGCCACCUUGGGCGAUCACUACGCUUGUUUCCUCACUCAAGUACGGGCGGGGAGCGUCAUUUUUUUAGUGGGCGUGGGAUCACUUGUGUGCUGGAAGCUAUGGGAGCACUGGAGAAAUGGUGCCGAUGGCUCCUCCACGCCACCACCCACGCCCACGGCCUCACCACCAGCCCGUCGCCCACGGGGUAUCCUCGCCUCACUUCUGGAGGAGGACCUGGUGCAGGACCCAGAUGAAUACGAGGAUGAGGACCCCGCCUUCAUCCAGCUUAUGUUGGAUUUAAGUCGACAAUACAUCGCGAAGCUGGUCGUGGGGAAGUACUUUGGCCCUGACAGUCCAAGUGAAGAGGUCCCAUGUGAUGAAGGAUCUGUACUGAGUUCUGACGUAAGUGAGGCCAGCAACAGCGAGGCACUCGCCCAACCUUAUCAUGCAGAUGCUAGUGCCUCCUAUUCUGUUGGAGAUGGGGCUUCCUCUUCUGGUGAAGACAGUCUACCCACUGAUGAGGAUUCCGAUGAAGAACUUCGCAAUGGCAACAAGAGAGUUGUUAAGAGGAAGCACAAGGCCUCAGAGCUACAUAAGAAUCAGGCUACUCCAAGACACUGCGUAUCUAAACCCAGCGCUGUCCAGGUGGUGGUGGUUCCUCUCUCUAGUAGUGGAGGCAGGCAGAAAACUGAAGCCAAGAGGCAUCCAUCAACCAACCUCAAUACAACUCCAGCCAUGAAUCAUCCUCUUCAAGAUGGGUGGCUUUCUUCCGAAUCAUCACCUGUUAAUGCAGUAUAUUCCCUGCCUGGCCAGGCACCCCAACGAGACCUCAAACGCCUUCAGGGCGAUGGAUCGGAGACUCCCGACUCUGAGGAAAUGGCUGAGCUAAGAAAACGUCAGCAGCAUGUUGCUCAACUUCAGUCUGGGGGACAUGACGAUGGGGCAGAUUGGCUUCAUGACAGUAGGGCUCAACCUGAGGGAGAAGAGGAGCACCACCAGAGUUCAAACAUCUCCAGCACUUCACUCAGUGACCUCAUGGAAAAAAUACGACAUAGAGGUCACCGGGGAUCAGUAUCUCGUGAUAAUUCAAUUGCUUCCAAUUUAUCAGAACUUGUCACCUCACCUUUAGGGUCCAAGAGAUUUCCUUUCAAGCGAGAAGACUCUGUUUGCUCUAAUUUAUCUGACUUUGCUCCUUCUGAAUGUUCAGAGAUGUCCCUGGAUGUUUCUGUACGAGAAGAUUUGGCGUGCAAGACAUUUACUUGCUUGGAUGACAUUGAGCAGGAGAUAGAUGACCUCAAGUCUUCUAUGUUAGAAAUGGAUGAAGAAGUCACAAAGUUUUCAUCAAGGCCAAACCCAUACACCUUCAAGACCACCUUCUCUGACCACUCUGUUACUUCAGGGGAUUCACGUCCCAACUCAGCCAUGGGGAUUGUUAACGCUCAUCGUUCAAGGGCAAACUUCAAAGGACUCAUAACAGCAAAGACCAAUGGAUCAUCAGACUCUGAGGCUGUAGAAGCAAGUGGAGGUGAGCCAUCACAACCAACCAGCCACGGAGUCUCAGGUUCAGAAGCUGAAGGCUCAUAUGAAUGGGAUUCCCCUCAACACGGCUGGUCUAGUGCUCGUGCUCCUCCUCUCUCACGACUGCCUGAACUUCCAUCUGAAGAUAAUGAAUCAUUGCCUGCAUCAGUGCAGGAUGAUCUGAUGCCAUCCUUGGAGUGGGAUAACGGCUGUUUACGUCAGUAUGCAGAAGCUACGACCUCGCAAGAAGAUCAACUUGAUGAAGUCUUCCACCCUGUAUCUUGUGAUAGCUUUGCAGAGCUUGGAGGCUUUGAAGAAUAUAAAGUAGCAUGUAGAAGGCAACAGCUGUUGCCAGAUCAUUCAUCUCUGGAGUUGGACUUGGAGGAGGAACUAAUGUCCACCACUGGGCCAGUAACAGAAGCACCUGACCUACAUAAUGCCCCAAUGACCAUCUCUAUUGACUCAGCCAUCCACUCUGGCACUGGGUCACGUUCUACCUCUUCCAGCCCACUUCCUCUUGGCUUGGGUCACUCUCUGCUCAGCUCAUCGGGCCUGGCUAGCAGCUCAGAAAUAUCCCCCGCAACUCCUGAUUCUGAAACCACGGGCUGGCCUGGCUGGGAGCGUCGGAUAGGCCCUGGUGAGUUCGGUAGCAAGGCCCGUCGCUACUGGAGCUCGGAAGAGAGCGGGUUUAUGGAAGGUCUUGACGCACCUCUGGACACCUCAUUACACGCGCACCUUUCUCCUGUGCAUGAAAUCAAAGAGAAAGAGGGUUCAGAAAGCAGCACCUCUACUCCUCUGCGUCGUAUUGACAACUGGAACUCCACCGUCACAGACGAAAACAUAAACAACACCAGUGACAACAACCUCAACAACAACCUCAUCAUGGGGAACAAGGCCAGCACAGGCAAUGAUAAUGACCUCCUCUCCUACACCUCCUCUGAUCUAACACCAACUCAGGAUACCCACACAGCUAUUGGACCCAAACUUGAACUUACUAAAUAUGCCAACACAGAAUGGCAGGGUAACACACCGAAGGCACAAAAUAUUAAACAGGGUUACUCUUCCAUUCCCAUUGAACUUAGUUUUACCCAUUUACGGAAAGUACGAGGAGACAACUAUUGUGGCAUACGUGCUGCCUUGUACCAGAUGCUCUCCCUCGGCCUCUCAUUACCAAAUGGCCACUCAACUCAUUCCCGUCUCGCAGUUGAACUCAGUCAAGGUGCUAGCUGGCUGCGUGAAUGGUCGUUUGGGCAUCGUCUGAAUUUUACAAAAGAACAGAUACUUAAUGGAUUUUGGGAAUGCUUGGAUGCUUUAGAUAGCAUGGUGCUGAAUCUAAUGGGGUGUGAAAACCGGGAGUGUGUCGUUCUGUCUCGACUCAACGGAGACCCGAAUCUAGACGUGAAGCUGUGUGAGGCCGUUAAGCUGCACAUGCUUGCAACAGCUCUUGAUUUGUACGUCAGUAACAACAAUGGAGAAAAUGUGCCACUUUUUGCUAUGAUAAUGUUUGCCCGCCAUUCUUCGCUGACGCCAAGAGACCUUCUGAGAAAUCAUUUAAAUCCAGUUGGGGAUACUGCUGGAUUAGAGCAGGACCAACAUAAGAUCGAGAUGUUUUUGAUGGGUCACACUUUGGGGGUCACGCUGCAAGUUGUUCGCCCUGCAAGCUUUGGUAAAGACGACUUUAUCUGUUACUAUCCUGAUGCUAACAUUGGAGUCUGGCCUGAAGUUACCCUGGUUGCUGAGGAUGACCGUCACUAUAAUGUUCUUGUCAAAUGAGAGGUGUGGAGAAUGUGUACAUGUUUGAAAACAGAAGUGGUGGAGAUCCAGAUCUGCUGUUUAAUACUUUCAGUCUAAAUCUUGUGGUUGAUGUAAGCCUGAGCUGAGGCUUCCUGAAGAGAAAUUUUUCAAUAAUGUCACUCAUAAAUCUAUUGGAAAACUGUUGACACACAUUUUCUCUAUGAGAUGGAAGGCAAAACAAGUUUACUGUAGUUGCAUAGGUAAAUGACAAUCAACUGAUGAUAAUGUCACUUAUCUAUGGACCAGGCAAAGUGGGAUGUCAACCAGAGUAUCACUGACCUCUUAAUCUUAACAACAAUCAACUAAGAAUCUCUUCAGAUCAUUCAUCAAAAAACACAAACCAUAGCAAUAAAAGUUUAGGUUACCCAAACUUUGGAUAGUGACAGGUGCUGUCAGGUUCAUCAAAACAACCAUAUACAGUACUGUAUUGGGUGUGAUUCAUGGUGUGCAUGUAGAAUACUAUGUAUAUAAUGUUUUGUUAGCAGUUUAUUAGUUGACAUGGCAAUUUGUGUAUAUAAUAACUGUAUAUACCCUAUGAUUGUUGAGGCAUUCGUUAUAUUGUAGAACCUGAAGGGUGUAGCAAAAAGUGCAUUAAUUUGGUAAAAUUAUGCUUGUAUUAUACGCUAAGAAUAUUUGUCAAAAGAAUAUUAUGCUCUGAGGAUAAUACAUUUCAGGAAGGUUUGUUUUCCAAACUCCAGCUUAAAAUAAUAAUGACAAAACAAGCCCCUAUUCCAUAGAAGGUCAUAAGAGGUUUGCUGAAAAAAAGACUGAUUUUCUUCUAAAAAUUUUUUCAAUGUCUUGAUCAUUCCAGAUCCAGCUGAACACUGAUGAUCAAUUUUGAUAACUAAUUUCUGUCAGAGCAAAAUUCUGUUCAUUUUAUAGUUCAUAAUUAUACGAACCAUCAAAUCGGCUUGGAAAAUAUUGAGUGUAAUUCACAUGCCGUGAAGACUGGAAAUCUGUUAUGAUAUACAGUAUACAGUAGUAUAAAAUUUCAGUGUAUGGAAAUAUCUGUGACAUAGAUAGAAGACUAAAUGAGGUAAAAUGGAGGAAAGACAAAAUGGUUAUCAUACCAAGCUUUUGGUCAGUCUUGUCAACACUUGCCUUUGGGUUUGGGAUGAUCAGGCACUAAUGUGAGUAUGGAAACAUAGGUUCUGUUUUAUAUACUGUAUAGUAUAUUGAUUUUAUUAGUAGUUUUAUUUUCUGGGUCUUCCAUGUUUUGCAGCAUCUAGGUAAGCAUUUUUUUUAUUUUCUUUUUAUUUAUUUAUGCCAAAUCUCUGGAAUUUUUCCAUAGUCAUGCUGAUUUAGUGCUAUCUGGCUUCUAAGCAAAACAAACCUGUGUGUCUGUGCUCAUGGGGGAAGGAAAACUAGUGUCCAACAGGACCCUGGGACCUCUGUGUCAUACUUAGGAGUGCCAGGAGCUCCAAUCUAACAAAAUUAGGGUCAGCUUGAUUUUGGAACUGCAGUUUACAUUUAGUAUUUAAUUUUAGAAAUAUUUGAAAUACCAAAGAUAUAAUAUAGUGAUAGUAUGAAAGAUUUAUUACUAGGGAGAAGAAAUCUGGUUAGUAUAUUAAGUAAUUUUAGGGUCUUUUGUAGAAUUUCAUUCUCACUCUUAUGUACAAAAAUGAAAGAUGACUGGGACUUAUAGACUCACUUUUCUCAGUUUCACAUACAGUAUUUUCUUCAAACUGCUCUACAUGAAAGCCCUGGUAUUCCUAAUAUGGCACAGGAAGUUCCAGAAGUGUCGAUCACUGUACAUAUCAGUUAUUUUGUGCUAUAAUACACUUACUAGAAAAUGGAUUAAACUUUUACAUCAUUCUAUAAAUAUGAAAGAAUGAUGACCUAUAAUGUUUUUAAAUAACAUUGUUUCACAUAUUUUAAGUUUUACAAGAAGCUGACUGAAAGAGGUAUGCAGGUGCCAUUAAAGAAAACUCAACUGAUAUAUAUAUAUAUAUAUAUAUAUAUAUAUAUAUAUAUAUAUAUAUAUAUAUAUAUAUAUAUAUAUAUAUAUAUAUAUAUAUAUAUAUAUAUAUAUAUAUAUAUAUAUAUAUAUAUAUAUAUAUAUAUAUAUAUAUACUCAAUGGUCUCAAUCACUGGGCACAUCAUCUUCCAUUAAUAUUUGGUCAUAUCGGUCAUUAUGUAGUACCUGUACUGUAGUUGGUGAAUUGUUUAAGAUUACAUUGCAUUUCCAAUUAGUAUUAUCAUCAUUAGGUUAGAGUAACACAUACCAUGAUAGUAACUUUGUCACAUGUUGUUACAUACACUGUUGGUCAUGAAACUCAUGUUUAUAAGAUUCACGUACGUGUGUGUGUGUGUGUGUGUGUGUGUUUUCGCUUUCUUGAUUGAUUCUGGCUAGUUUGCAUUGAAAUAUUAAGAUUAAAUAAAACUGAAAGAAUAAAAAAGUAGGGUUUUGUAUUUUCUGAUAUGACCAGUUAUUGAGGCAAUAUUUUAUCAUACAUUAGCACAGAUUACUGUAUAUGUUUUAUGCUUCUUGCCAUACAAAGUCUUUGCUUUGUAUCUUGGUUUAAGAUGCACCAGUUUCAGUCAUGUUGCUCACCUGCACUGUUUUUUAAGUUCAAACACAUUACAGUAUUUAAUUUUUUCUUAUUUUUGGUAAGCUGACUUAAGUUCUUGCUUUCCUUUUUUUUUUUUUUUUUCAUUUUCUUGGAAAGUUUAGUAUCACUUAAUGUCACUAAAUUACAAUAAUGAGUCAUCAUGUAUGUGAGAGCCAUCACUGUUUGCAGAUCUUGUAAAACUUAUAUUAAACUUUUGCUUUUAAGAAGUAAAAAACAUUUCAAAAUUUCUCGGAACUUUAACGUGAUGUAAAAAUUUAAUUACAUUUACAAGAGCACAAAUAAACUAUCCAUUUUUCAUUAUGCUAUUGAAGUAAGAAGUGCUUAAUACUGACAACUGUGCAUGACCAACACUUGAGGAGAGAAGCACUUUAGAAUUAUGGUUGAGAUGGUCAGAAAAUGUGGGUUCAAGUUGUUUGACCAUAACAUGUUACUUAAGUUCAGCCAUUCUUAAGUCAUAUUUUAUUUAUGGUAAAUAUUUGUUUAAAUAAUUAUGAAUGAAAUUUGUUAUGCAUUUAUGUAGGUUUGUUUGAUUAAGUCUAUUUAUUCAUUUUUAUCAAAACCUCAGGUUCAUGUUGAAGUCUUUGUUUUUAUUAUGUUGUAUUACCACUAGGCUCCCCAAAUUCGUUUAUAAUAAAAAAUCAAAUAUGAUAUAAUUUUUUCUGUUUUAUUUAUUGAGUACUGUAACACAAAUCAUGAUAAAUAAAUUUGAAAUACAGUACAGUACAACAUAUUUGAUGGAAUCCAUACAAUGUGUAUAAUCAAUGUUAGGAAUAAUUAUAUUAAAAACUGAUACCAGAAACCAUCCAAUUACCUCAACAAGUAUUUGACUCUUUGCUCGGUCACACAUGACUGGAUACUGACAUGAUCAUUAAUUCUAAUGAAAUAUAAAUUGAACGACGUGGAGAGGUAAUAGGAUGAUAUCGACCAUGUGCUAGUGGUUUUAGAUAUAAUAAAAUAACUCCAAGCCCACAUUUACUUGAUGAACCUUUGAGUUCACUUUAAGUGCAUCUGAUUCUUUGUGUUUUAUUUUACUUAAAGUGGAUUGGAAGUUUUAUUUCAUUCAUUAUUUUCAUAUGUGAGAUGAACUGUUGGGUCUUUUUAACUCAAAACUAAUUUUAAGUAGAUUCUGUUUGUGUGUUAUUUGAUGCAGCUGUGUCAGGUAUAGGCUAGGUUGUGGCUCUGUAUGGGGUUUUGCAGAACUAGAACAAAGUGAGUUUAUUUUC